GUACAUUAUAGCACCGAUAUUAUAUAGUACAGUAGAAGUGCUCUAAUUACAAAUAGUUACAAAAUUGGUUCCAAAAAUAAAAUCCACGCAAUCAAUUAAGCCAUUGAUUGCCCUUCCACAUUUCUCUUUUUCUCAGGGCAACAAUUUAUAUAAACCAUAAAUGCUAUAUCUCUUGUUGUCAAAUAUUUAAUUAGCUUACUUAAAAACCAGAUUUCAUUUUUGUCUGUAUAUAUGGAAAAUGUAUCUAACUACAUUUAUUGGUCAGUUAAUAUAUAGUCUAGAAUUAGUUCCAACUGAAUCUUUAUAAAUAGAUCUCUCAUUUUCUAGGACUCUGUAAAUUCAACUAGUUGUAUUUAGCUACCAGGACAAACAUUUAAUCUCUCUUAAAAACAAAAUAGGUUCCAAAGUAAAUCUUAGAGUAUGAAGAUCUCCAACAUGUUCCUUCUCUUCAUAGUCACAUAUUUCGCCAUCAUCGGAAAUGAAGUGGUCAUUGCAACGAGAAUCAGUACUUAUCAAGCAGCAACGAGAGAUGUGUUUCUUGAGAAGACGGCAGCUGGUGCGGCAGAUCAUCAUGUAGAUGGGAAGUUUCCAUGGUGCAGUUGGUGCUGCAAUCCUAUCGUCGGUAAUGCGUGUUGCCCCAACAUAGGGGGCACGUAGUUUUCCCUUGACCAUACAAGUAUCUAUCCUUUAUGAUUCAAUCUCGUGUUGUGCCGCAUGCGACAAGUGGAGCGAUCUUGGAAGAGAUUUGUUUGGCGUCUGUGUCUUUUAAUUUCUUUAUUUGUACUUUUACGCAGAGGUUGUACAACAGGGCUGCCCACUUAGUGGCUUCUGAUGCCCUUUCAUCGACAGCUCAAUAUUAUGUCGACUGUCGCGUCUGGUUUUCUAGCGUCCUGUAAUAUCUAUUUCAUUCCCGAUCUAUGACCAAAAAAAAAUAAUAAUUAUACAAAGAAACUGUCGGUAACUUAUAUUUUUUAACAUCUAAUAUGAAACCAAUCUCACUAUAUUUGAAUACUAUCGUUAACCCGACUUAUUGGGUCGGAUGUUGGAUAAAUUUUAUUUUACUUU